AUGUCUAAUAUUGCAACAAAGAAUAAUCCUUAAAGCUUUGGUGGUAGGAAGCAUUAGAUAAAUAAAAAGCAUAACUUUUUUUAAUAAUAAUAUCAAAUGGGAACUAACACGGAUUAGAAUAACAGCAUUAGCAUUCCAAUAAUAACAAAUGACAACCUUAAUUAAAUAGUAUUUAAUCAAAAGUAGCAGUAAAUGAAAUAAGUUGCUUAGAAUUUGGGUAAAAUAUAACUCAAUCAGCAUAAUAGCAGUGUUAAUUACGAAGAAAGUUACAAAAACUACUUGAAUACUCAUUAGAACCCCUAAAAUCAUGCAGUAAAAACUUACAUCACUUAGCAAAUUCAAAGAGAUUUUAGCCAAAAUUCAAGUAGGAGUAAUACCAAUAACUAGCUAUCUCCUGAUCAAAUGUAAAAUGUCUCAUAAAAUGAUGAAAGAUUUGAAAAUAGCCCCAAAGAUAAAUUGAUUAGAGUUUCAAAUUACUUCACUGAAAUGGAAAAGCAGAAACUAAUGAAAAGUGACAUAGAUUAGCAAUCCUAAUUCUACUUGAAAAAAUAAAGUAUUAACACCAAUAAGGCAGCCAUGUUCAUGUAGAACAAUGGUGGAAUGUAAAUGAUUAAGUCUGAAUUCAAAAAGACAGGUUCAGAUGACCCAUUCACUUAAGAUAUCUAUCAGUUAUAUCAAAACACACCAACUCACAAUAUUUUUCAAAAUUCAGGGUAUUCUGGUGCUUACUCUUAAAAUAAUACAAAAAAUUUAUCUUAGCUUUCAUCAGUAAAUUAGACAAUGGUCAGUUCAGCUUUAGAUGGACCACAUAACAGGAGCUUCCAUAAUGAUAGAAAGGCUAUCCUAGACUCAGAUUAGAUCAGAAAAAUUCAAAGUCAAUCAAAUAAGUCAAGUAUUACUCCAAGGAAGAUUUAGUAAAAUUUUCAAAAUUAAAAUCAAGGAAACUCUGAAUAAAAAUUAAAUUAAUAAAGUAUUCAUUAAAGUAGGAUUCAAAACAUAAUUCAUCCAAGCUAUUAAAAUGGUCUGACAGUUGCUAAUAACUAAGGUAGAUUCAGAACAACUAAAAGUGUUAAUAGAAAUGUUGAGACACCUUUGCCAUAUUCAUAGAAUUCUUCAAUAAAUAUGGAAGAUAUGAAUCAUAAUAUGACAGAAGCCUAAAAAUAAAGAGAGAAAAAUAGGAAAAGUUAGGAUUCAUAAUCAAAUAUUAGUGAGCCUCGUAGAUUUGCAAACAAAUAGUUUGAAAGUCUAGAGAGAAACAGUUAAGGCUCAGAACUUAGAAAUUAAAAUAAUGGGAACCUAAAAAUUUCAUAUGGCUAAAAUAGAUCAGUUCUUUUACCAAGAGACAAAUUGAUUUAAAAUCAAAUGCAAGAUAGUAGUUAUAGAAUAGAAAAUUUAAUCAGAGUAGAUCAAUCAGUAGAGCUUAAAUCAAAUCCUAAUCUUAGAUAGCUAAAUUAAGAUUCUAGUAAAAAGAAUUUCAAAAGUAAAAGGAGAAGUUCAAAUGAUCUCUAUGGUAAUGAGUAUGCAAAACGUAAUAUUUCUCCUAUUAUUUAAGAAUCUUAAUCCUCCAGAAAUUCUUCUCUUGAACCUACUUUUAAGAACAAUAACUUAAAUAGUAUUGUUAAUUAUAAUCUUCAAAAUCAGUCAAUAGUUAGUAGUAACGGAAGAAGAUAUUUUAAGGUUAAUCAGUGUCAAGAUAGUCCAAGUUAGGUUUAGCUGAAAUUCAACAUUAGAAAUAAAAAUUAAGAUAAAAAGAUUGACGAGUAUUCAAAUGAGUUUAUCAAUUAAAAUGAGAAAUUCAAAUCAUUCAAGCAAUCCUUAAACGAGAAGGAAGCUAUCAAUAGUGGUUAAGAAGUGUUUUAAAGACCAGCAACUAGAGCUUAAACUCAUAGAAUAGAAAACAACAAUAAAGACUUGUAAGAUCCUAAUAAUUCACAUAAUACCUCUUAAGAUCAUAGUUAAAGGCAACACUCACAAAUAAGAAUAGUAAAAAAAUAGAAUGCUGAGUAGUUUCAAAGAUAAGCAUAACUAAAGGAUGAAAAUUGGCUUAAAAAAUCAGCAGAUGUUUUAUGCUAAUAGAGACCUGUUUUAGGAAUGAAUAAAGAAUUGGAGAAAACAUAAUUCAUCAACUUUAAAGAUCUCUAAGAUGAGCUGUAGUAGAUAGAUUCAAUUAAUAACUCCCAAGAAAUAAAUUCAUUUACAGGCUUUUUUAAGACCAUUCAUAACAAUACUAAAGUAAACAAUGCAGUUCCUUAAGAAUACUCUGAUUAAAAGGAUUCACAUGCUCUGUAAUCUAAAAAUUUGACAUUUGAACUCCUGAAUGAAAUUAGUGACAAUGAUGGUAGCGCAGUUCUAAGUUUUAACAAAAAGUUUCACGGAGAUAACUAGGAAUAAGUUUAAAAUGACAUUAAUAAGGUUAGCUUCUAUAAAGAUCAUAUGCUGCAAUUUGCCUUACAAGAAUAGUAGAAAUCUUCGGUACAUUUUCAAAAUAGCUAGAAUGAAGAAUUCUCUAUACAAUACUUAGAGGAAGGAAAUUACAAAGAAAAUGAUAUCUAUAUGAACAGAAAUAAUAAUCAAAUUGGCGAUAUAAGACCCAAAACAUCUCUAUCUUCAAGAAUAGCAGAUAAUUAGAUAGCAUCUAUAAAAGGAAAUAAAAAUUAAAUUGCCUAGGAAGAUUCAGAGAAGUAAAACAAUAUUAAUCAGAAGAAAUAAAAGCUAGUAAUUAAAAAUCUUAAACUUGCUCUUAAGCUUUUAAAGAAAGAUUAGUGA